AUGGCGGAAAAGCCUGCGGUCCUCAUCAUCGGAGGCCUUGGCUACAUCGGCCGCUUCCUCGCCCUACAUAUUCACCAGAACAAUCUCGCUUCCGAGGUCCGCAUCGUCGAUAAGGUUCUGCCCCAGCUGGCCUGGUUGGCACCCGAGUUUCAAGAAGCAUGCGCCGGUGACAAGUUUAUGCAGGCCGAUGCCAGCCGAGAGCAGUCCCUGGCUCGUAUAUUUGAUCGCCCCGGUGGCAAGGAGUGGGACUACGUCUUCAACUGCGGCGGCGAGACUCGCUACUCCCAGGAGGACGAGGUCUACAAGCUCCGCUCCCUCGGCUUGUCUCUCGCUGUCGGCAAGGAGGCUGCCCGCCGCAAAAUCAAGGUCUUUGUCGAGUUGAGCACCGGCAUGGUGUACAAGCCCGACUCGGCUCCCAGCAAGGAGGGCGACAAGCUCAAGCCCUGGAGCAAGAUUGCUGUUUACAAGCUGCAGGCGGAGGAGGAGCUUUCCAAGAUGGAGGGGCUCAACCUCGUCAUUGCGCGCCUCGCCCAUGUCUACGGCCCGUAUGCCUCGCAGUGGGUCGCGACCGCGCUGUGUAUGGCGCGUGUCUACCAGUCCCUCGGCGAGGAGAUGAAGUGGCUCUGGACCAAGGACCUGCGCACCAACACGGCACACAUCAAGGAUGUGACGCGCGCGCUGUGGGCCAUGGCCACGUGGUACGAGUCCUCUGGUGGCCGGGCCGCGUGGGAUGCAAAAGCGCACGGCAACCCCGUGCCGACGUUCAACGUUGUCGAUAAGGGCGUGACGACGCAGGGCACCAUGUCUAAGAUUGUCGGCGAGGUGUUUGAUAUCGGUACCGGCUUUCAGGGGCAACUCAUCAGCACCUUUGCGCGGCUGAGCAUCGACAGCGUUGUCGACGACGUGAACGACGAGUUGUUGGGCCCGUGGGCUGAGCUGCUGGAGAAGGCGGGCAUCGCGCGGCCGGGUCCGCUCACACCAUUUUUGGAGAAGGAGCUGCUGAAGGAUACCGACCUGAGUAUGGACGGCGCGCGAUUGGAGCAGAUCGUCGGGUUCUCAUAUGAGCGGCCCAAGAUGACGAGGGAAGAUGUCGUCGAGGUGAUUGACAGCUACAAGAAGAUGAAGUGGUGGCCAUGA